AUGGAUGGAGUGCUUAUAGCAAAUGAGGUGGUGGAUUGGUGGAAAAAAUCAAAGAAGAAUGGCCUCAUUCUCAAAUUGGACUUUCAGAAAGCAUACGACACUGUUAACUGGAACUGGUUGAACAUAUUGUUGUCAAGAGCUAAGGAAUUGAGGAUUAUAAUAGGAAUGGCAGUGGGUGAUAGAGAGGUUAACAUAUCGCAUCUACAGUUCGCUGAUGAUACUAUUAUAUUCUCUAAGGUUGACUGGGCUGAGAUUGUGGCUGUGAAACGCAAUUUGAGAUGCUUUGAAGUGGUCUCGGGAUUGAAGAUAAAUUUUUAUAAAAGUAUGAUUUGUGGUGUGGGAGUUGAAGAUGGGUUGGUUGAAGAGUUUGCAGCCAAACUUAACUGUUUGAGUCAUAAGCUUCCACUAAAGUAUUUUGGGUUGCUACUUGGAGCCAACCCAGAUGAGGCUUUGUGGAAAUCUAUGAUAUGUGCCAAAUAUGGUGUAUCUGGGUGUCAUUGGUUUCCUCCAUUGAAUGAUCUUGUUUCUAUUUCUAUUAUCUGGAGAGAUGCUCUUGCUGUGUCAUAUUUAAAUCUUAGGUUGUAUAACUUCUAUGUGGAAAAUGUGGAGCUUAGGAUUAGUGAUGGAAAUAGGGUGAAGUUCUGGAAUGAUAUUUGGAUGAGAACAUCAAGUCUCAAAUCCCAAUUUCCUAGGUUGUACCAGCUGAAUUUAGAAAAUGAGAUCACCUUGAAAAUGCAGAUUUCUUGUAGAGAUAGUACCAACAAAUGGUGUUUUAAUUUUAGAAGGCCUCUCUUUGGCUGGAAAAAAGAUGAGUGUGAUCAGUUGCUGCAAAUCUGCUACUCUGAUCUGGCUGCUGUGAAACUUUGUUUGUUCUGGUUUUCUGUUGUUUAA